CUUAGCGAACUAUACGAAGAAAGCAGAGGACGACAGAGGCACCUCCGAACAGGCGAGGGCGACAUGGAGGUAGGCCGCGGGGCCCGCGGGCCGGCCCCGGAGGAGGGCCCCAUGGAGGAGGAGGCCGCGCCGUCCGCCCGCGCCCAGCGCGGCCUGUUCCCCGAGGCUGGCGCAGACCUGGAGGGCGACGAGUUUGAUGACUGGGAGGACGACUACGACUUCCCGGAAGAGGAGCGCUGGAGCGGCGCGAUGCACAGGGUGUCUGCCGCGCUGGAGGAAGCCAACAAGGUGUUCCUGAGAACGGCGCGAGCCGGCGAUGCCCUGGAUGGCGGCUUUCAGGCGCGGUGCGAGAAGAGCCCUUUCGACCAGCUAGCUUUUAUCGAAGAGCUGUUUUCGCUGAUGGUUGUCAAUCGACUGACCGAAGAGCUCGGUUGUGAUGAGAUCAUUGAUCGAGAGUAAAUGCUGACGAAAGAGGAGGAAACUACCUGAGAGGGAGAGAUUCAACAUUCUGCUAUUUUUGGGUUCAUUCCAAAUAGUUUUGUGCACACAAAAAAAUAACGGUUUUUGUUUCUCGGAAUAGAAGACAAGCCAGUGAGUGACCGUGCAGUUGUGGAAAAGGAGAAUCAAGGAAGGAGGGGCUCAGCAAAAAGCUCUGGUUCAGACUAUUGAACGAGAUGAUUUUUCUUGCGUCGGAGAAGAACUUUCUUGUGUUAAGCUUGUAAAGAUGGUUUUGCAAGAGAAAAUCGUGACUGCCAAUACAAGAAUCUAAUGAAAGAAUAAGGAAAAAAUACAUCCACAAGAUAACUUUGAUUCGAACUGAAAGCCUGUUGAGAAAACUUUCCAAAUUCUAUUUUGUGGUUUAUGUAAAUCAGUUAUCAAAAGCUGAAUUUGAGAUUUAAGAUUGAGUAUUCAUCCCCAAAGGAUAAGCAAAGUAAUUAUGCGUGUAUAAGUGUAAACGUGUUAUCAUGUGUACUAUCAUCUUAAAAUGUGUUACAGAAGCUACUGGAAUUUUGACUGCACUUGUAUCUUCAUGAUUUAUAAAGCUACUGUGACCUGUAAUUUGGAAAAAAUCCAUUGUGAUGAUUUUUAAAGUUAAAAAAACAACCAAGAUGUCAUUUUUUUAAAGUUUUAAGUUCAUGCAUUAAAAUGUGUGGGAAAGCCCAAAGACAAACUUUCUAAUACCCUUUUAUACUAGGGACAUUUUGCUUGCUGUUUUUUUUACCUUGACAGAUGGUAAGACUAUAGCUGAACUUCAUAUUGUAAGAACUGUUUGUGAAAAUUGUCAAGAGCAAGGAAAUCCUACCUGUAUCUAUAAAAGAUUUUAUGAGCUAUUAUGCUGUCAGACUUUGAAGGUUUUCAACCUGCUCAGAAGUCCACCUGGGUACCUGAUACUCAUAUUCUCUCCUCUCUCCCUCUCUUCCUCUCCCUCCUUCUAAUUAUGCUUGUUAGUCCUUAUGCACCAGCAUUGGCGAUAAUAAAUUUUCCUGUUCUGUGUA